ACUCAUUGUUUUGCCUCAGAGCUAUUACUCCUAUCAGCCAUGCCGUUGUGGCUUCUCGUGCGACGCGUUGAGUUUGCGUGUGGUAUGACGACUCGACUUCAAGGCUUGCAACAACACCCAAGUCACACUUGAAAACUCUUUAGAUAUUUCAGACAUUCAUGAGCAAUAAACGACCGUCUUGGUAAUGAUUUUGCUUCAUUUUUAAGGUAAUUAAAUAUGGUCUAAAUAUUUAAAGUUUAGGUUACCAAACAGUCUGUGAGUUGAUAGAAAAUAUGAAAUUUGACUGCUCGAGUCCUUGUAUAAAUAAUGUCACCGUUGGCACGUCAGGGAGACGGUGAAUGGCUGUCCAAUUGUGGUGAUGCUAUGCAGCAGCCACUUGUGUUCCGUGAUCCUUUUGACCAGCAGACAGAGAAGAUUAAGUGCGUCCUGAUCGGUGAUGGUGCUGUGGGAAAAACCUCGCUUAUUGUAUCUUACACGACUAACGGCUACCCCACGGAGUAUGUACCCACUGCCUUCGACAACUACAGUGUGGUUGUAACGGUGGACUCUCGCCCUAUACGAUUACAGCUCUGCGACACAGCUGGACAGGACGACUUUGACUCGCUGCGUCCGCUAUGCUACCCCGGCAGCGACGUGUUCCUAGUGUGCUUCAGCGUCGUGUCGCCCACAUCGUUCCUCAACGUCAAGGAGAAAUGGCUGCCCGAACUGCAGCGACACUGGCCCAGCGCUCCCGUCUUGCUCGUCGGCACACAGAGUGAUCUCCGUACUGACGUUAAGGUGCUCAUCGAGCUGGCCCAGGACCAGGAGCAGCCAGUGUCAGAAGCGGCGGCACGGAAGCUCGCCCGUCACAUCGGCGCGUACGGCUACGUUGAGUCCUCGGCGCUGACGCAGCGAAAUCUCAAAGAAGUAUUCGACCAAGCCCUCAUGGCUGCCCUAGAUGCCAAGAAUAACAUAAAUUUGCUCAAUAACGGAAGAUUAAUCCAUAAUAACCGUGACAGUUUCAGGAACCACGUCCGGAGAAAAAAACCCUCUGCUAACUUGUGUGUCGGGGGCGAUGGCGAUAGUGACAGCGUGUCAGGAGAUGACGGGAAACUUGGGUGGAAAAAACUCUGUUGCAUUGUAUGAGUUAUGUCACAAGUUUAUGGUUAUUAUUAAAAAUGAGGCAUUUUUCUAUGGCUCGGUAACUCAUCUGAGGUUCUCUCUUCAGGGUUUUAGAAGAUACUCAUAAUUUAUUAUAAGGUACAAAAAUUUCGGGUAUCUUUGACCAUCAGUAGCCAUUUUUCAAUAAAAAUUGUAUAUUCAAUAAACAAAUGAAAACCAAUUUUGCGAGAAAAAUAGCAGUCUUAUUUUAUACUUUGCAAUUCAUACAUUUGGAGAUUUAUUUGUGUAACUAGCUUUUUCUUAAAUCAUUGAAGGUCAGGAAAUCUUUUUGCUGAACUGUGUAACUAGUAAACGCCUAGCUAAGAUGGAAAUUUUUGAUUUUAGGUUUUUUUUUACGUAGGAACAAUUACGAUAUUUUGUCAUAGUAACAUGGAGCGUUUAUGACGUCCAAUAUAUUAGGACUUGUAAAUAAUUUAGAGCUUAACGCCACAUGAAUGUGGUUAUGGAUUCAAUCCACUGCCUUGUUAGCAAUGCCUUGAUUAAGGAUAAUAGUUUAUUUAAAGAAUUAGGUUCCCAAACUUUCAUUUAGGUGUACUUCAUGUACAUUGUCAUCAUCCUUCGAAGUGAUUUGUAGUUAUGCCCUCUAGAUAGAAAUCCCUGUACCAGAUAAAGAUCAAUUGAUUUCAAUACGUUCGCAAAAACAAUUUUUGCAUUGCUUUCAGGAUUAUUCCAGCUAACGAAUGUUCCUAUAACAUAAUACUAAAACAUACAGCGAAUACCGUAUGGUUUUGAGCCUUCUACCAAUAAGAGACCAGGCUUCUUAGAUCGCAAGUUCACAAGGAAUUUAAAAGCAAAUUCACCAUAUCGAUAUUGAA